ACCGAGGUAAGGAAAGGCAUCCCGGGGCGCCUCUAAACAAUUCCUCUUUUGCGUACCGGGAUACCUUCACCUUCUAAUAUCCUCUUUUCGCUUUUCUGUCGGUAGCCUUCAGCCUUGUGGGCUCUCAAUGCAGCUAUUUUGGCUACCAACCGGUUUCGCUGCAUCGCCCACUCGAGGGCCUCCUUGGCGCCUUUUCUACGUUUUUUUAAGUUAACCACCUCCCCCACUUGCUCUUAUUUAAUCUCUUUGAUUAAGUCUACUGUGAUUUUGUUGUUGUUGUUUUGUUGUUGUUGUUUAAAGGAAGAAAAAUUAUUCUUUUACUAAGGCCCGGAAUUCUGUUAAGCGUUUAACCAAUAGCCGCCGACUACAUCCAUCCCCCUAAACUUGAUUGCUUCCGGCGUAGCUUGUCUAUUUCACCUAGUAGUAGGGAAAAGGUAAAGAAUCCCGUUAACAGUUUGAUGCGGAAGAUACUUAAAACGGACACGGCUAAGUGAUGGUACUGUGAAUUCCAGUGCCCCUAGUGUACUGUAAUUCGUCCUUUUGUCCGGGAAGAAUAGGUUGGCUUCCUACAAGCUGCUGAAUCUGGUGCUCAUCACUUAAAAUCAAGAAACAUACUUGGUUCUUCCUUCCAAAACUUAUUUUUAAUGAAAAAGUAUGAAGUAACUAUGUAUAAGUGAAAUAUGUCCGAAAAGAUGGUGGGGAUUUCUUGAUCCAAACAUGAACAUGAAAAAUAUUUUUAAGACAAAUUCACUAAUGAUUGUCAUUAACAAAUGGGCUCUGCAGCAAAAAAACUAGAGUUCUGGCUGAUCACUUGUAUUUCCUAUCAUAGGUUCCAACGCUGCUUAUGUCAUAGAAUGGGGGGAGGGGUGGUGAGGAGUGUAGAAUUGUGUGAGGGGCCAAAGGAGAGCAUGCUCUAGAGACAGACAAUUUUCAGAAGUUUCGUAUGGGGAUGGUUUUAUAUAAAUUUAGGUUUUUCCCACAAUAAUAAAUUUAUUUAGUCUCAGUGCUCAAUAGAAGAGAUUUCUAAUAGAAGAGGAUUCAAACUAUGAAACCAUUUCUCUUUUAAUUUCACAUUCCUGUUACAGAUUUGUUCUCUUGUGACUCUGUUAUCCAUAAUAUGGACAGUUCUUGAGUCCUAACAUUCAGAGGUUUUCCCUCAGUGCGUAUAGGGAAUGAGUAUUAAUUGGAGAAGCUUAAAGUAUUGCCACUUUAGCACUGAAGAUUGGGACGAGAGGAGGUGAAACCUCACUAGAAAAAGGGACAAUGUUAGUGUGGCCCUUCCUGAUCGUGUUUAAGAAAAGUCAUGAAAAUGGUGAACUAGUGUUUCCAAGCAUAUUGGAAGGGUUAAGUGUAUACUGUCUGUCGAAGACUUCCUGCAUUUCCAGGUCCUAGAGAGGAACAAGACUGCACUUGGAUUCAGCUUCUUCAUUUCCAACAUGGAAGAAACUUACACCGACUCCCUGGACCCUGAGAAGCUAUUGCAAUGCCCGUAUGACAAAAACCAUCAAAUCAGGGCUUGCAGGUUUCCUUAUCAUCUUAUCAAGUGCAGAAAGAAUCAUCCUGAUGUUGCAAGCAAAUUGGCUACUUGUCCCUUCAAUGCUCGCCACCAGGUUCCUCGAGCUGAAAUUAGUCAUCAUAUCUCAAGCUGUGAUGACAGAAGUUGUAUUGAGCAAGAUGUUGUCAACCAAACCAGGAGCCUUAGACAAGAGACUCUGGCUGAGAGCACUUGGCAGUGCCCUCCUUGUGAUGAAGACUGGGAUAAAGAUUUGUGGGAGCAGACCAGCACCCCAUUUGUCUGGGGCACAACUCACUACUCUGACAACAACAGUCCUGCAAGCAACAUAGUUACGGAACAUAAGAAUAACCUGGCUUCAGGCAUGCGAGUUCCCAAAUCUCUGCCGUAUGUUCUGCCAUGGAAAAACAAUUCAGAUUCUCUUGAUUUCAGUCUGUGCUACUGUUUGAGCUAAUUUUUAGGUGGCUAGAGGAUUCACUUUAAAACAUUUCUCCCUGGAUACUUGCAUUUCCCAAAAAACGAAGUCACCAAAUUAUACGUCAAAAGGCUUGAUAG